AUGCUGCGCGGGCUGCUGCUGCUGCGCGCGGCUCCAACCGCCGCCCGGAUCGGAGCGGGGAUCCCGUUCCCGCCGCCGCCCGGGGCGGGGAUCCCGCUCCCCCUUCUUCCUCCGCCGCCGUCCGGGGCGGGGAUCCCGCUCCCUCCGGCCGCCGGGAGACGGUGUGAGGCCUGGGCCUGGGCCUGGGCCGGGCCCGGGCUCUAUCCGCCCCGCGUCCCCGGCCGCCGCGCUCUCUGCACCGGGGGGGCCGGAGGCUGCUGGCGGUGCGGGGCGGCCCCGGCGGAGGCCUCGGGGGGCUUUUUCUGCCCUUCCUGCCGGGCCCUGCAGCCGCCGGACCGGGGCCGCGACUACUUCCAGCUGCUGGGCCUCCCGCGCCGCUUCCGCCUGGAGCCCGAGCGGCUCCGGCGCCGCCAGCGCCGCCUCCAGCGGGCCCUGCACCCGGACAACUUCAGCCGCAGCUCCGAGGCCGAGCGCCGCUUCUCGGAGGAGCAGUCGGCGCUGGUCAACGAGGCCCUCGGGACUCUGCUGAAGCCCGUGUCCCGGGGCCUCUACCUGCUGCGGCUGGAGCUGCCGGGCGAGGCCGGGGUGGUGGAGGAGGAGGAGGAGGAGGCGGGGGGCGGGUUUCCCGGCGGCGGGGACCCCGCCUUCCUCGCCACCGUCCUCCAGCUCAACGAGCAGCUGGAGGAGGCCCGGGGCCAGGAGGAGAUCCGCCGGGUGGCCGAGGAGGUGGAGGCCCGGCUCCGGGAGCUGGCCGAGGAGGUGGCCCAGGCCUUCGAGCGGGGCCGCCCGCGGGAAGCCCGCCCGCUGCUGCGCCAGAUGCGAUUUUGGAGCAGCCUCGGCGAGCGGGUGAAGGAGAGGCAGCUGCCCCGCUGA